AUGAAGUUUUAUACCACUCUCGUCGGCUUCUCUAUGGCUUUCGGCACUCUGACCAUGGCCGCCCCUGCCAGACCCCCUCCACCCAGCGGCGAGCUCAUCAACACCACUACCGUCCAAGGGAUCAAGGAUUGCAUGACACUCGAUUGCCUGUGCACUGGUCCAUACUGUGCCUCCACUGUCGAUCUCGAUCCCAGAGAGAACGCUACCACCAACGCCUCAACCAACGACAUGAUCAACGCCAUCAAUGUUGCUGCGUUGGACGCCGAGGCAAAGGUGGAGAAGCAGUCGAUCAAGGCUAAAAAGGCCAAGAAGGGCAAGAAGUGGGAUUUGUGCAUCUUGUUCUUCAACCCUUUGGCUGACUGUGGAUGA